GUAGUUAAAGAACAAAAAUCAACAUGAGCAACUCUAAGUCUAAGAAGGAAAGCUAUGCUCUGCGCCAGCAGAAAUACAGUAACGCUAUCAUCCGUGGCCGUCGACACGUCCCCACCCCUGAAGCCGUCCCACCGUCCUCUCUCCUGGACGCCCCCCCACUGUCUCCUGUACCACUGCCUUCACCCCCCAGGGAGUGUAUACCUGAGUGGGACGACCCGCCAAGACUGGUCACCAACCUAAACAGGAAACAACCAGCUCCUCAGGGUGGAUUCACGGCAGCUAACAGGUAUGCCAGGACUCCCACACACCCGGAUGAAAAUGCUAAGGUGUUUGAAGAGUAUGCAGAAAGGAUGAAUGAUAUCCAACAGAAGCAGAACAACAUGGGAGAGGGCAAGCGACCGAGGAAACCCUCCAGACGUCCGCAGACCCCAGCUCUUGUCUCCAUGAUGAUGGGCUCUAUGAAUGAUGAGAACAUGACAGAGAUGGAUUGCUACAUGGCAACGAUGGAUUCCAAGAAGAAGGUACGCGAGCCCAUGGGAGCUGACAAAACACGGGCCAGAACAGCCUGCAAACACGCCGCGAAAGCUCCCACAUUGAAGUCUGUGGAAGAGCAACAGGUAUUCUCACUCGGACGUUAUGAGGAGAGAGUCCCAACUGCAGCAGAGUACAAUGACAGGAUGGGACAAAUCAUAGAGGAGUUGAGAUCUCCCGAGCCUGCUGGAGCUUUCACCCCCACGAUGGACAAGCAGGCAGACUGCGGAAUAGCUGUGGUGGAGCAGGUGAUGGAAGCAGACACAAACCAUGAGGGUAAGAAGAAGAAAAAGAAGAACAAGAAGAAGAGGAAAACUCGUGUGGAGACACCACCCGACUACACGGCAAAUGUCGGGCUCGGCAACGUGAGCAUGACGUCUCUUGAAGCGUGUGACCUUGACUGGCAGGAUGAAGGUCGAGUACAGAGCUGUUACAAGACGUCCCCACAGUCUGGACACCUGAGCAGGGAGGCUGACACACCCACCAUCCAGGACACGACAAAGGACUGGAUGUACUUCAUCAGGAAAGCUGGGCUUGAGGAGAUGAUGGAGUCAGACCCUACCAGGGACGAGGACAGGAGGACACCGGUCCAGGGCAAAACCACCAAGAACAAGCACAAGGCAAGAAAGGAGAGGCUUGUCUUACCCAGCCUGACUUCAGAUCCAGGACUGAUGCUGCAGGGAACCAAACUUCACACACCUGGUGUAAGCCUCCCCUCCAUAGGAGAUGGUGUUCUGUCCACUGCUACCAGACCCAACAUCCCUGAUGAGGACAUGGGAACACAGUUGCCACCGCUGCAGUUUGGCACCAAGCAAGUCGGGAAGACGACAUCAGAAACUGUGACCUUCAAACAGCCCAGCGACAAGUCCAAAGUCCGCAGCACCAAGCGGCGCCAGAAGACCGACCGUGCCUCGCUGAAGGACAAAAAGUCCCAGAAACGGCGCCAUAACAGCCCUGACCUCUCAUCACCUGACUUGUAAGUUUGGUGGAACGGUGGAUGCCUUAUCAUCAUGCACAGAAUACUUAUUGGCAAUGAUUCAUGUGUGUAUCUAACUAUGUGUAAAACUGUGUUGCCUUGAUCAAUCUCUGUUGUUAAAUGUACAGUACCUAAAACUUUGUGUAGAUAUAAUCAUUUUGAACAACAGCACCUGAAACUGUGCGUAUGCAUAAUCAUUUCCAACAACAGCACCUGAAACUGUGCAAAAUGAUUUUUAACAACAGCACCUGAAAUUGUGUGCAUAAUUAUUUUCAACAACAGCACCUAAAACUAUGCAAAAUCGUUUUCAACAACAGCACCAGAAACUGUGUGCAUAAUUAUUUUCAACAACAGCACCAGAAACUGUGAAUAUAUUAAUCAUUUCCAACAACAGCACCUGAAACUGUGUGCAUAAUUAUUUUUAACAACAGCACCUGAAAUUGUGUGCAUAAUCAUUUUCAACAACAGUACCUGAAACUGUGAAUAUAUUAAUCAUUUCCAACAACAGCACCUAAAACUGUGCAAAAUCAUUUUUAACAACAGCACCUAAAACUGUGCAAAAUCAUUUUUAACAACAGCACCUGAAACUGUGUGCAUAAUAAUUUUCAACAACAGCACCAGAAACUGUGAAUAUAUUAAUCAUUUUCAACAACAGCACCAAAAACUGUGAAUAUAUUAAUCAUUUUCAACAACAGCACCUGAAACUGUGAAUAUAUUAAUCAUUUUCAACAACAGCACCAGAAACUGUGAAUAUAUUAAUCAUUUUCAACAACAGCACCAGAAACUGUGAAUAUAUUAAUCAUUUUCAACAAUAGCACCUAAACCUGUGUGUAAAUAUAUUAUUACCGUAAUCAUUUUUAACAACAGCACCUGAAACUGUGAAUAUAUAAUUAUUUUCAAUA